CAUUGUGUUAUAGCAAUGUAUUUGGGUUGGGCAUACUUGCCAAAAGAAGUCUUAGAUUCAAUGGGUAUAACAUAUUACCCCAGCAAGUAUUGGUCAUUAGCACUUCCCAUUUGGUUGUUUGUACUGAUUAUAUAUCUUUACAUAGCCUUCUUUGCGAUCAACCUAUACAAUACAGCGCCAUUUGAUUCAUUUAAUACUAUCACAGGUGCGUAG